AUGUUUCGGUUUUCGCGCAAUGCAAUAUCCCGGGCCUGUAGCCUCGUUAUCAGUCGUCCGGAGGUGAUCCGCCAUCGUAGGUAUGCCUCGCAGGCAAUCAACCAGAUGCUACAACUGCAGCAGAUGGAGAUCUGCGCGGAUCCGCCGUCGCGAGGUCUGGUCAUCGGGGUCUAUGCCGACGAGGAGGACAAGAACGAUGCCGGCAUCCUGACGCCCACCGGCUGGAAGUACAAUGUGCAGAAGACGCAUGGCCGAUUGUUGGAGGUGCUGCGUAUGUCGGGACCCAUGCCCAAGAGAGGCGAGACCCGCCUCCUGUUCGCCGUGGAGCCGGAGCGAGUGCCCUACUACUCGGCGGUGGCGGUUAUUGGCUUGGGCAAGGAAUGCCUGGGCUACAACCCGUACGAGGUGCUCGACGAGCAGAAGGAGGCCAUCCGCCGCUCGGUGGCCGAUGCCUGCAGGAUUCUCGCAGAGUUGGACACCGACCGCAUCGAGGUGGAGAACUGUGGCCACGCCGAGUCUGCCGCGGAGGGAGCUGCUCUAGGUAUUUGGAUCUACCAGGAGCUGCGAGAUCCCAAGCGAAGGAUCUCGGUGCCCUCCAUCGAUUUGUACGCCACAAAGGACGAGAUCUGUGACAUUGAAGGAUGGCGCAUUGGUCUGCAAAAGGCUGCUGCCCAGAACCUGACCCGUCAGCUACAGGAGAUGCCCUCCAAUCUCUUGACCCCUACUGCCUUUGCCCAGAAUGUCGUCGAGGUGCUCUGUAAAUCCGGAGUGAACGUAGAGGUCAAGGUAGAGGGUUGGGCGGAGAGCCAGUCGAUGCACGCCUUCCUGGCUGUGGGCAAGGCCUCCUGCGAGCCACCCAUCUUCCUGGAGCUGAGCUACUACGGAACCUGUGCCGAAGAACGUCCCAUUGUCCUGGUUGGACAGGGAGUAACUUACGAUGCGGGUGGCUUGUGCUUAAAAGAAAAAUAUGAGCUCUUCCACAUGCGAGGCGAUAUGACCGGAGCGGCCGUCGUUGUGGCCACCUGUCGCGCUGUGGCUGGACUUAGAUUACCGGUUAACAUCCGCGGUCUAAUCCCCCUGUGUGAAAACGUUAUUGGAUGCAACUCCUUCCGUCCGGGCGACAUGGUGAAGUCCAUGAACGGCAAGACCAUUGAGGUGCAGUGUACAGAUCACGAGGAUGUACUCGUGCUGGCCGAUGCCCUGCUGUACGGCCAGAACUUCUGUCCCAAGUGCAUCAUUGACAUUGGCACCUGCUCGGGAUACAUGCGCCAGGCGUUGGAUGAGGCGGCCUGUGGUGUGUUCACCAACUCGGAGAUCCUGUGGCAGCAGAUCAAGCACGCUAGCAUGCACACUGGUGAUCGCGUUUGGCGCUUCCCGCUUUGGAACUACUACAGCAAGGCGGUGCGCGCCGGAGGACGCAGUGAUGUUCAGAACUACGGCAUUGGCCGUGGAGGACGUCCUUGCAAGGCUGCUGCCUUCCUCCGAGAAUUCGUUCCUUGUGGCCAGUGGAUGCAUAUUGACGCCACUAAUGUGAUGAUCACUCGUGGCGAUGAGUUCGAGUAUCUGCGACAGGGCAUGGCUGGACGGCCAACAAGGACACUCAUCGAGUUUAUUGCUCAGUCCAUAUGCAAGGACACGGCUCCCAAGCUAAACAAGUGAUACUUUGAGCUGUGUUUUAGUUUUAUCAGACGAUGCCACCACACGUUCAUCGGUAUUCUUUUAACGACUGACCAACCUAUGACUUCUUUAACGUUCUGACUUUUAUCUGAUUGGGACCACAAAAUGUUAAAAUUAUUUCGUUCUUUAAUGACAUACAAAUUUUAAGUCAUAUGAAAGUAACUACGUGUAUACUUA